UUCCUGCUCAGCUUCCAGCUCGAGUUCUGCGGUGCAGCGCGGACUUUGUAAACACCGCGCGCCUGUGGGGGUGGACACUCGCUUUGUUUGGGUGCCCAGGAAACGGAGUGCACGCCCCUGGUCUGUCUGUGGCCGGCGGGGUUGUGAUCACUCGUACUGCCCAAAAACAGAUGUCCUGCAGCGAGAGAGAGAAUGAGAGGCCACCUUCUAAGCUCGCCCUGAAAUGCUCUGGAAGCUAUGGACCAGCAAGACCUUCCAGAAGAGAGAGAAUGAUGGCAGUGGACUCGCUAACCCGCACUCUUGCUCUCACCCGUGAGCCAUCGCAGGAUGGAGCUGCUGUGUUGCGAGGGCACCCGGCACGCGCCCCGGGCCGGGCCCGACCCGCGGCUGCUUGGGGACCAGCGUGUCCUGCAGAGUUUACUCCGCCUGGAGGAGCGCUACGUGCCGCGAGCCUCCUACUUCCAGUGCGUGCAAAAGGAGAUCAAGCCGCACAUGCGGAAGAUGCUGGCAUACUGGAUGCUGGAGGUGUGUGAGGAGCAGCGCUGCGAGGAGGAUGUCUUCCCUCUGGCUAUGAACUACCUGGAUCGCUACCUGUCCUGCGUCCCCACCCGAAAGGCGCAAUUGCAGCUUCUAGGUACCGUCUGCCUGUUGCUGGCCUCCAAGCUGCGCGAAACCACGCCCCUGACUAUUGAGAAGCUUUGCAUCUAUACGGACCAGGCUGUGGCUCCAUGGCAGUUGCGGGAGUGGGAGGUGCUGGUCCUGGGGAAGCUCAAGUGGGACCUGGCUGCCGUGAUUGCGCACGACUUCCUGGCCUUGAUUCUGCACCGCCUGUCUCUGCCCAGUGACCGGCAGGCUUUGGUCAAAAAGCAUGCCCAGACCUUUUUGGCCCUCUGUGCUACAGAUUACACCUUUGCGAUGUAUCCUCCAUCCAUGAUCGCCACAGGCAGCAUUGGGGCAGCCGUGCUAGGCCUAGGCGCCUGCUCUAUGUCUGCGGAUGAGCUCACAGAGUUGCUGGCCGGGAUCACAGGCACUGAAGUGGACUGCCUGCGAGCCUGCCAGGAACAGAUCGAAGCUGCCCUCAGGGAGAGCCUCAGGGAAGCUGCUCAGACAGCCCCCAGCCCAGUGCCCAAAGCCCCCCGGGGCUCUAGCAGCCAGGGGCCCAGUCAGACCAGCACUCCCACAGAUGUCACAGCCAUUCACCUGUAGCUUGAGACAGGCCCUCUCAGGCCACCAAGCAGAGGAGGGGCCCCUGCCACCCCCUCCCUGCCUCUAGAACAAUCCAUGCUAUAUCUGAAGCCCGAGGGGGGCUCUCCUUCCCCCUCACAAAGCCCAAGGGGCCAGGUCCUGCCUAUCCCCACAGUGUGCACUAAGGGGUUGCAUGGUCAUGAGGGGCGUCUUCAUGGCCAGUCAGCUCCUCUUCCUUCCCACUCAACCAGCUUGGCUGUCCUGGGCCAUGAUGGUCAGAGAAAUACAAACAGGUAAAAUCCACACACCAGCAUUUCUUUUGAGUCCCUCUUCUGUCCGGGGCUCCAACCUUCUCAGUUGCCAAAACGCCCCAGUACCUUCCAAAGGUGUUGGCCCUUGCAGGCUCCUUCGGGCAUCCCGAUAGAAGCUUAUGAGGAGCUGCCCUAGAUGGCCUCUGUGUAAUCCGUACUCCAGCUGCUCUUAGAGGGAACAGCCUAGGCUUUGGCCAGAGCAAGAACCCAUACACUGUUGCUUUGCUUGCUGCUUAGCUUCUGUGAUUGUGGGGUCUUAAGGGUGCCGUGGUCAUUUUAAUUUAUUGCUUUGAAUACAACUGUAAGAGGGUACAGUGAGGCCUGUACCCCACAAGUGGUGGUAACCCUGGCGGUUGCUCUUUCCCUCCCUUCUUCCCCUCUGCUACUGCUUUGUGGCCCAGGAGCUGCUACAGCCUGGGAUGGGGGUCACGCCUUCCUCUCCUCACCCCUCCACCUCAUCUUCAUCAGAGCAGGGUUAGGUUGGGAUGGAUCGAUGCCGUGGAGGUGACAGAGCUAUCUGGAGAGAGGGCAAGCCCUAGGGUCACAGGUCUUUCCUCGGGCCACAAGGUUUGGGCUGGUGGCCCAUUUCUAUCAUGCUGCCUUAAUAAAGAUUUCGGAAUAAA